CCGGCGAGCGCAGCCCGGGACCGAGCAGGGCGGUGCGGCUGGCGGGGCAGGCGGCGGCGGCGGCUGCGGCUGGAGCGAGAGCGCUACGCCACGCGACCGCGGCUUCCCGAGCUCCGCCUGGCUGCCCAGCGCCGCAGCCCGCCCGAGGCCUGGAGGGGUCCGGGUCGCCGUCCAUGGUCGCGGCGUCCUGAGGCGGGGGACGCGCCCGGCGCCCCCAGCCCUCCUCCGCCUCCUGCUGUCGGGCGGGCCGCCUCCUCGGGCGCCUCCCUGCGCCCGCCCGCCCGCUCGCCCGCCGCCUCCCUCCCUCCUUCCUUGCAGCUCCCCCGGCUUUCGGGGGCCCGGGGGCGGCCUGUGGCGCGCCGAGCCCGCGCCGGACUGCGCCUCUUUGGACCUUGAGGGGAAACAUGCGUUUGGCUUGGAUCGUUUUAAAUUCUUAGUUUGGGAUCCCCGCUCGCCUGCCUCUUCCGCCCGCGGGUUUUCUUUUCUUUUUUUCUUUUUUUUCCUUUUUUCUUUCCCGGUCUCCUUUUUUGACUCCCUCCCCCUUUAUGCUCGCCCAACCCUCCCCCCGCUGCUGAGAAGUGGGGGAGGGUCUCGGCCUCCAGGUUCCCGCCCCACCGGGGCCCGGGCGAGCAUGGGGGGCAAGCAGAGCACGGCGGCCCGCUCCCGGGGCCCUUUCCCGGGGGUCUCCACCGAUGACAGCGCCGUGCCCCCGCCGGGAGGGGCGCCCCACUUUGGGCACUACCGGGCGGGCGGCGGGGCCAUGGGGCUGCGCAGCCGCUCGGUCAGUUCGGUGGCGGGCAUGGGCAUGGACCCCAGCACGGCCGGGGGGGUGCCCUUUGGCCUCUACACCCCCGCCUCCCGGGGGACCGGCGACUCCGAGAGGGCGCCCGGCGGCGGAGGGUCGGCGUCCGACUCCACCUAUGCCCACGGCAAUGGUUACCAGGAGACGGGCGGCGGUCACCAUAGAGACGGGAUGCUGUACCUGGGCUCCCGAGCCUCGCUGGCGGAUGCUCUACCUCUGCACAUCGCACCCAGGUGGUUCAGCACGCACAGUGGUUUCAAGUGCCCCAUUUGCUCUAAGUCUGUGGCUUCCGACGAGAUGGAAAUGCACUUUAUAAUGUGUCUGAGCAAACCUCGCCUCUCCUACAACGAUGACGUGCUGACUAAAGAUGCGGGUGAGUGUGUGAUCUGCCUGGAGGAGCUGCUUCAGGGGGACACGAUAGCCAGGCUGCCCUGCCUGUGCAUUUAUCACAAAAGUUGCAUAGACUCAUGGUUUGAAGUGAACAGAUCUUGUCCAGAACACCCCGCGGACUGACCCUGCUGGGCUCGCUUGCUGACUCCUCUCAAAGGGACAGCCAGGCCCCCGUUCCUGAGAGGAGGCUUCGGACACUGGGGCAGAGCUGAGCUGGGGACACCAGUGGGAACAGGGCACCCCUCCUGCACUGACUUCCAGAGAAUGGUUCUCCCUUUCUCCCUGAGGACACCAGAUUGAAUGAGAGCGAGUUUGAGAGAAGAAAGAAUCACCCAAUAUCCUUCCCCUCAUCCUCAUCUCAGGAGGGAAAGGGCAUUUUCUUUUUCACCUUUGAAAGGCGUUGUGGGUCUGUCUCUAAAGUGUUUACAAAAAAAAAAAACUAUAAAAAAAAAAUGUCUAGUGUCGACUGGUGUUUUCCCUCGUGAUGUUUACAGAUUGCCGUCUGCUGCCCGGCCAGAACCCGCUCAGUGACAAAACGACCAGAGCCGGGUUCUCGCCACUCGCAGAGCAGAGCUCACAGCCCUCCCGUGCCCGGCACCCGGCGGUCUCUCCAUCAACCGCUCUGCCUUGGUUUUUUUUGUUGUUGUUGUUUGGUUGGUUUUUUUCCCCAAUUUUCUGGCUUGGUUUUGCACUUUUCUCCCCUUGGGACCCUGAUAUCUUGACUUCAUUGCCAAAAACCAACUCACUGAGGACCUUCUCCCCCCCUCCUUUCCAUUUCUCCUCCCCUCUUCCCUCCUGGUUCUGGUCAGUUCAGAGGAUUUAACAAUCACAAGUGUCCUGCAAAAAUGCCUGAACGUUUUUCUUAGACCCUUGUGGAUUUUUUUUUUCCAGAAAA